GCAAAGGCUUUCAACAUGUAUUCAUUGGUGAAAAGCUGAAGAAGAAAGCGUACUCAGGAUUCCACAACUGGUACCAGUUUUACCUCGAGCAAUUGAAAAGUCCAAAUGCAAUAAAAGGCGUAACCGUCAAUUCCUACACUUAUAACACAGAGCCAAGCUUUAUGAGCUUAAAUUUCGAGUGGGAUGGACACACAAAGAAGUUUGAUAGCAGCAUGUUCGUCGGAACCAGCCCAGCAUUUGAUUUUGCCAUAUUCAGUCUCUGCUCUAUUGUGCUAUUUAAAACAGGAGGUGUUGGAGUAACGGACUGCAGUUGCAAAAUCCACAAGAGCACGGUGACAAUAAGAGCCAUUGAAAAGGACAAUAAAAAAUUUCCGAAAACAGGCAAGAUUUGCACAGCUUUCCCGCCGUCUGUUGUUCCUGAUCCUGUCUGCACAAGUAUUCUAGCCACCAGCCGAACGGACUGUGGAUGGCUUGGGAUAGACCACCAAACCUGUGGAGAACGAAAAUGCUGCUUCGACAGUAAAAAGUACGGUAGCGGCACAUAUUGGUGCUUUUAUCCCUCAGGUAGGCAAGCUACAUUUCUAUAGUUUUCUACAAUUCUUAAUGCAACCUUGUCUUUGAACUACCUUUAAACUAAGACCACUUUUUCAAUAAAAACGAAAGCUUCCUCCAUUUCUCAUUUGAAAACCGAAGAGCUAGACUAGGUGUACCCAAAUAGUAGAAGAAUUGCCUUCGCUCUGCUGCACCUCCAUGGCACACGCGGACAUACUAACAUAUGGGCGAAAACAACUUCCUCGCAUGCGAAGAGGCGCAGAAGGAUGGAGGUUACGUUUCCGUCGCUGAGUGGAGGUGGGUGGGACAGACAGGGAACUCUGAACACACCUCUCGGGGCAUGAAUAUAUAUGUAUUGCCCUCUUAAAAAACAUUCACCAAGGAAGCUUAUGCUAUAAGCCGUACUUACGAGUUGAUAACGUAAUGUUAGCAAGAGAAAUUAUAAUCUACUGUUUGCUUAUCGAAAUAUACCAAUCAUUUUUCUUUCUUUGGUUUGCAAUGUUGUCUUAAAUAAAUAGAAAACGCUCCAUAAAGUUCAUGAAAACUUGAAAAAAACUGCAAAAACACUUACUAGCCGCUGGUGUUUCCACGCUAACUUGCUCUGUUUUUAAAAUGU